GUUUUUCUCAGCCAACGUGUAUUGAUAAAAGUCUUUGCUCUUCUCCGCCAUUUAAUCCUAUUUGUGGAACCGCACUGCCACCAUGUAGUACAAGGAAUGUUGCAAGUAACAAUAUUGCUACAACUGAAACCCCCCUACCUACACUCCCAUCAUUGACGACUUCAGAAACAAAACAGCCUUAUUAUGGUUUUAAAAUGGGUGCUCCGCAAUUGAACAUGCCUCCUCAUCGAGAGCAAUCGUUACAACCAAUGAAUAGUAAGGCUAAUACGUAGUUACAAUAAUUGCUCAUGCAUUUUUAUUAUCUUCGUUUCGGUCUGCCAUACACUAGGAUUGAUAGGCCUACGGCUAUGAGGAAUGUUAUGUCUGGACAGUCAAACAUUUCGACAAUUCAAAGCUAUUUGCGUUCUAAGCUCGAGACAGUGAAAACCUGGUCGUAGUAUUGCAUGGAUAAUAAAUAAAGUAUAGAAUAGCAAGUUAUUGUUCACAAAUAUUACAGCCAUAGGCGUACGAGACAGGGGGGUAGGGGGGGGGGGCAACUGGUCCUCCAAAAUUUUGAAAAACCAUGGAAAUUCGGGCAAAUGCUAGGAAAAAUCCAGAAAAUUCGUGCAGAUAUAUCAGAAUACAUAUUAAAAUCAGGUUAUUUCAUUACAAUUCUCCAUAAUUACGGGCAAACUUUCAACUGCCCCCCCCGGAAAACAUCAGUCCAAUUCUCCUAUGAUUACAGCAAAUAAUGAAUUACCACUCCAUUUGGAUUGCAACAGGGACUUACUCAGGGACCUAUACAUUUGGAUUUCAACGUUCUUUAUAAAUUAAAAUAACCACUCGUUCACAACGAUAAAAAUAUGCUAUUCCACUUAUCGGUCCGGUUUUAAUUUAUUUAAUAAAAUUUCUUUUAAAAAAGUUGCAAAUGAAUAAAAUUAUACUUUAAAAGAUCGUAAGUUUGUUAUGCAAGAUAUAUAUUUUAGUAUAUGAUUGUGCAUACGAUCAACAAAACAAACUGUGUGUUUAUACUUACCAAAAGCUCCUUAAUUUCCACUCAUCGCCAAAACGAAUAGAAAUUAUGCAUAAUAACGUCACAAUCCGUGAUGCGCGCAGGGAAUUCUGGUGAUUGGAUGAAAUAUGAAAGAAAGUACUCGCAGUGAGUUGGUUUUCGCGAUGAAUGGAAAAGAGUCGUAUGACCCCUUUAAUUGUUUUGAAUUCUCGUUUUUGAGGAAUACCUAAGAUAGUAAACGCCCCUGUUUCUUCAAUCAUCUUGAAAGAAAAGGAACCGCUAAGAUUGAUUUGCUCAGUGGACACAACUGGGGAUCCUAGUACACAUGUACAAUGGAUACGUGAGAAAGAUAACAUGACUGUUGGACAGGGUGAAGUAUUCUUACUAAAUAACAUCAAACAAAGUGAUGCUGGAAUGUAUUAUUGUAAAGCACAGAGUGAUGGGAGCACCGUUGCAGCGAUGGCACAGACGGAUGUGACUGUUCAAUGUAAGUGAACAUUAAACUUGCUCACAUGCAUGAUUUAAAGUUUGAAUCCACUAGGUUUAAUAUCAGUCAUCAUCACUCUCGUUUUCAAGUAAAUUGGAAGGUAAAACGCAGCUGAAUUGCAUUCACGCCGAACGUUUCGACACUCCUGAGUCCAGACUAGUGUCUUCAUUAGGGGUGUACGUAUGAAGUUGCAACGUGGCUUCUUUUAUACUUGAGGAAUGACGUCAUCCGCCAACAAGGUGGAAAUAUUGCUGUGGUAAAUAACUACUGUCAUCUCUAUUCAAAACAUGAUGAUUCAUGCAUAUAUGCCUCGCAACAUAAGGCCCCCAUUUGGACUUAAAUCACCCAAGAUAAGACUAGAUGUUGUGUCGUGAAUUGAAUUCGAAGGACCUUGUUUUCAUUUAAACCAGCCGGUAGCGAGCGAAAAAAAUAGUGAUAUUGAGAUGACUCGAUCUGAAGUACGCAUUCUGUCUACCACCAAACGAUGAAAAUAAAAGUAAUCCCUAGGAUACUUUGCAGCUGCAACCUCGGACGUGGCGGUUGACACAAAAUUGUAUACCCCUUACGAUUAUAAUUCCAUGUAAAAUCAUAUUGCGCUUUCUAAUCCAUCGACUCCCUCAACUCAACUUUGAGAUCCCACAACGCUUAACGAUUUUACUCUACUUAGGGGGUCCGACCCAUACUAUGGUUCCGUCACGAGGUUACAUCAACAGGCGGUUCUCAUAGUUAUGUACUAAAAUUUAAGACUUCAUAUUAGAGCCAUAACACUACCAAUUGUCAGACAAUGAGGCCGGUGUAUUUUCAUUUUUGUUACUUUCCAAAUUUUACGGUCAGAAAACAGGGAAUAAAAAAGCCUAGCCUAACUUUCAUGCCCAUAUUCUACAUUAUGCUCGUCUAUUGUGAUUUUAGCACUUAUGGGUCGAGGUUUUAAGAUUUUGAGUUUUAACUUUGUAAGGACAAAGUGAAUAAUUGUAUGUAAUUUAUAUUCAAGGUGCACCUAAAGCCUCUAAAGGAGUUAGUCAUCGUAUUGUAAUGGAAGAGCCGGGGGAAAAUGUAACAUUAAUUUGUGAGACAAAUUGUAAACCUGAACCAGAUUUCAUUUGGUAUCGCAAUACUAUCGAUAAUCCAUUAAAGACAUGCGAACCUGCAAGUGAUACUAUGAACCGAGACAGCAGGCGUGGUUCUUUUUGCAAUUUAACAGUUUUAGUGAGCACACGUGGUGAGACAUUAACUUGUUUGAAAACGAAUAGCGUCGGGAAUGAGAAGCAAACAUUUGAAAUAAAGCCACAAGGUAUUUAAUGGACUACAGUCUAUCUGAACAUAUCGAAAAUUGUAGUCCAAUUAUUUUUUGGUGAUCCUACUGGACACGUUCUGGAGUGCCUCCUGGACACGUUCAAAAAUUGCUUGACCGUGGUUUGAAUCGAACCCGAGAUCUUUGGUUUGUUACUCCAUUGCUCAAUCAACUGCUCUAUCAACUGAGCUAUACGAGAUUAAGUCGGUUAGUUUCGGUUUGAGUAGGUGAUAUUUCGGACCUCAGUCCAGAGAAUUAGAGUAGCAGUACCAGAAAAUAAUUCACCUAAAUUCAACAUCACAACCGCCAGAAUUACGGUUCCAAUAUUCUCCGACAUUACAAAUUGGUCCUUAAUUUGAUGUUGGAAAAUUUCUCAACAUAUGUUUGGUUAAUUAACCAGAAAAUUUUCAAUACCUUAAAGAUAAAUAAAAUACACUGUUUCUCUGAGUAUCAGUAUAUAAAUGAUAAGUAUAGGUGUGCUUACUUACCUCAAAGCCUACACUAUACCAUGCACGAAGCACUUUAUGAUUCCGUUUGGAGUAAAACCAUUGGUAGUGAAGAUUUGAAGGUAAAUCAACCAAUGCGACUUUACCACAAACAAGAAAACGUACGCCGGUUUGAAAGAAGCACAAUAUAUUCCUACUGUUGUAGCUACUGACAAGCCGAAAUGAUAAUAUAGUAAUAAUUAUAGUUUAUUUUAUAUGUAUUAUAUAGCCGUCUACCUGAGAAUUAAUGAGCAGUUGUAACCAUUUAAUUACGUUUAACAUUCCUCGAACGGAUUUGCGGAGCUAAUGUGAUUGAAAACUUCAAAUACUUCUUUUCGUUUUUCGGUGAAGAAUGCACCAUGUUUUUAUUUACGACCUUUUAGUCCUGGCCAAUUAGGGGGUGUCUGCUAGAAUUAGGGGGUGUCUAAUUAGGGGGUGUCUGCUAGAAUUGCCCUGCGAAAGCCGAUGAUGCCCUGCAGGAAAAAAUUGGGGGGGGGGGGCACUAUUUUUACUAAAAAAAGUUGGCGAGUGGGGGAGGGGGGCGGUCGACAAAAAUUUUUUUUCCGGACAUUCAAAAAAGGGGCGAAAAACUUUUUCCGGACAUAAACCAGUUAAAUUAAGGGUCAAAAAAUUUUUUUGGACAAAUUUCUGUUAAAACAUGCAUGAAACCCUUAUUUUUUUACCAAUAUCUGUAAAAUUUAUGUCUACUAUAAAUUCUAUUCAAUUCCCUCUGGAAGCCGCGGAAGCUACUUAAUAACUCUACAUUCUAUCAUUUAAAAUCUUUCAUUGCCCUGCCAAUCCAGAUGAUUUGCCCUGCCAAUCCAGCUUUGGGGGGUGUCAUACUCCCCCCACACCAUCUCAAGUUUCGUCUCUGAGCUAGCGACAGAGUCAUACGACCUAACAUUAUGGAAACAUUAUAACAAGUAUUAAAUGGAUUGCGUCUUAUAGGGAUUAGUAUAAUAUAUUUUAAUAGACAGAAAGUUAUUAUUUUUUAGCAAAGAGUCCAAAAACGAUUUCAAGUCGGUUGCUUGCAGGUAAUUACAAUAUAAAUCUGUUUUCAUUAUUUAAGGUGUCUGAUAUAUAGGUGUUUGAAAUCCAGGCUAGGGGCACAUGUGUGCAUGAGUUAAAUGUGUCCCAAUGUCCCGGCUCCUACGGCACUGAUAACCACUGAAUAUAUAAUCGUAAUUGAAGAUAAAAAUCUUCAUGUAACGCAAUUUGAGUUACGUUUUUGCCAGCUAAACAUUCUGGCUUAAAAUUACACCUAUCAUUGAAAUGCUUCCCUCUUAUAUAUAAUUUCUCUUUGUGAACAGCACCACAAACAUUAAAAAAUGAUGAUCGAAGAAUAUUCGAAGCUGUUGGGUGUUUUGCCAAGUGUGAUAACUGUGUUUCAAAUUUUCCUGAACUACUUUUUAUCGACACUGGGCAAACAGAACACUAUGGAGACUCGUUACAGGAAUAUACCAGGCAAUUCGUACAUCGCUGUGCAAAAGAAUCACAGUCACGCGGAUUUGAUUAUUUUGGCAUUGCCAGUUAUG